CCGGGGACACUACAUAUGUGGUUCCACCAAAAGUAUUUGGGUGUACAUGCUUUGUGAAGGAUUAUAGGCCUUCAGUUGGUAAGCUAGAUCCAAGGGCAUUAAAGUGUAUAUUUGUGGGGUAUUCUAGUAAGCAAAAAGGUUACAAGUGUUGGUGUCCUUCGGAAAGAAGAAUGUUCGUGAGUAUGGAUGUGGUAUUUAGAGAACAUGAACCAUUUUAUGGGGAACCAACAGACUUAACUGAUGUGUUUCUUGAUUUGUUUACUGAUAACAUGUUAGAUGCAGAUUGUGGGACAGGGGGAGACAAGGAAGAGGGAGAUGAUGACACAACAUCAAAAGGGAUGAUAAUUGGGGUAAUCCGUGCAGAAACUGAAGAAGAACAAAGAAAAGGGGAGCAGUAUGAUACAUCAAAUGCAGCACCCCGAUGGCCAAAACCAAAUGAGGAAAGGGAGAUGCAGGUGUAUACACGAAAACGACAUACCCAGGAACAAAUGCAAGUGUUGGAACCUGAAGCUGAGGCUUAUGGACAACAACAUGAGCAAGAGCAGGAAGCUGACCAACAAGAUGAUACUCAAAGUCAACCUGAUGACUCCAUACCUUCCUCAGACAGUGGACCCUUACCACGGGACUGGCAGGAGGCAAAGUCGAACCCAAAAUGGAGGGCAGCUAUGAUAGAGGAGAUGACAGCACUUGACAAGAACAAUACUUGGGGAAUGAUGAUGGUGAGAUCUCUUGGUUGAAGAAGGCACUGGCAAGGUCAUUUGAAGUUAAAGACCUGGGCUAUCUUCACUAUUUCCUUGGGAUCGAAGUAGCAUAUGGUGUACAAGGUAUUUAUCUCUCACAAAGGAAAUAUGUGAUAGAUUUACUCAAUGAAACUGGAAUGUUAAAUUGUA